UAAGCUUGUACAUGCUUAAAAUAGAGUCAGUCGCUAUCGCGAGCGUCUGUAAACAUGUUGUUAUUGGUAGCUCUGGCGGCGGUGGCGCUGGCGGCGCUGUACUGGUGGUCCACCAGCAAGUUCGACUACUGGAGCCGGCGGGGGGUGAAGUUCCCGCGGCCGGCGCCGCUGCUGGGCAACUACGGCGCCUACCUGCUGCAGCGCCGCAACCUCGGCGAGGUGACGCGCGCCAUCUGCCGGCAGUUCCCGGACGAGCCGCUCGUGGGCGCCUUCUACGGGCCGCACCCCGUCGCCGUGGUGCAGGACCCCGCGCUGCUCAAGCUCAUCACCACCAAGGACUUCUACUACUUCAACGGCCGCGAGGUCUCCGAGCACACGCACAAGGAGAUCACCACCAAGAAUAUGUUCUUCAACAGCGGAGACAAGUGGAGGGUGCUCCGGCAGAACCUCACGCCGCUGUUUUCCUCGGCUAAGAUGAAGAAUAUGUUCCAUUUGAUAGAAAAAUGCGCGCGGGACUUUGAGGUGUUGCUGGAAGAAGAAGCUAAGAAGAGCGAGAUCGUGGAGGCGCGCACGCUGAUGUCGCGGUUCACGAUGGACGGCAUCGGCGCGUGCGGCUUCGGCAUCAACAGCGGCGUCAUGCAGAACGACGCUAAGAACAAUCCCUUUGCGGAAGUCGGUGAAAUGAUAUUCGAGGAAUCCAAAUGGAGAACCUUCCUGACGGCUUUCCGAGCAAUUUUCCCGUCAAUAUUCUAUGGAUUGCGAUUCUCUUUGUUCCCUGACGCUAUCAACUCGUUCUUCCACUCUGUUUUAAUGUCCGUGUUCAAAGAACGCAAAUGGGAGCCCACUUCCCGCCAAGACUUCGUGGACAUGGUAAUUGGCUUGAAGAAAAACAAAUACAUAACUGGUGACAGCAUGAGGAAUAUGAAGGGGGGUUCCGAUAAACUACAGAUUGAAGUGGACGAUGAUUUCCUGGUGGCGCAGUGUGUUCUGUUCUUCGCUGCCGGAUUCGAGACGUCUUCGACCGCUUCGUCCUUUACUCUGUACGAGCUGGCGAGGCACCCCGAGCACCAGCAGCGGGUGAUCGACGAGGUGGACGCCUACCUGGCCACUCGCGGUGAAGUCAGAUACGACUGCACCACUGAGUUACCCUUCCUGGACCAAUGCGUAGAGGAGGGCUUGCGGCUGCACACCACAAUCGUCACUCGGGAGGUGGCCGAGGACUACACUCUGCCCAACGGCGUGAAGCUAGACAAGGGUCUGCGGGUCCACAUCCCGCUGUUCCACAUACAGAGGAACCCGAAGUACUUCGAAGACCCGGAUGACUUCAAGCCCGAGCGCUUCUCUCCAGAAGAGAGGAAGAAGAUCGUGCCGUACACCCACUUUCCUUUCGGGGAAGGACCCAGAGCUUGCAUCGGAAUGCGGUUCGCUCGGAUGCAGAUGAUGGCGGGUCUAGUUACGGUGUUCAAGAGUUACCGAGUGGAACUGGCGCCCUCCAUGCCUCGAGAGCCGCAGUACUGCGCCGGGACCAUGGUGGUGCGGUUCAAGGGAGGCAUCCAGCUCAGGCUGAUCCCUAGAGAGAACGGACAGAAGUACAAGCCUACGUGAAUAGUGAACGGUGUAGAAACUGUAGAAUAUAUACAUUCACCAGCAGUUAAAAAGUUCCAUUGCCGUUUCAUAUGUUACUGGAACUUUUAAAUAGCUCGUGAGUGUAACAGACUGAAGCUGAAGAAUGGUAAUGUUUAGUAAUAAUACCUAGUAAGGAUAAUUUAGUUAAGUAAGGUAUAUUUAAGUUAAACAACAGUUCAAAUUAUGUUUUAA